AUCUCAUUUUCCUGAUCGAGUUUCUCCGAUUGAAAUGCAGCUCACUUUCCCGUUCGAACUCCUAUAGAGUAUGUCAAUUUGACUGAGUGUUCGAUCACUUUCCCGUUCGAAUUCCUACAGAGUUUGUUGAUUUGACUGAGUGUUCAAUCACUUUCCCGUUUGAAUUCCUACAGAGUUUGUCGAUUUGACAGAGUGUUCGAUCCUACAGAGUGAAUAUACUGCCCGGACAGCGAAUGUAAUUCUCGCGACCUUUCUUUCUUCUAUGCGUUGUCAUUCAUUAUUUGUCUUUACAUGCUCUUUAUAUUAAGACUCUCUUCUCUUCAGGUUCUGAUUGUUUUAAACUCUCGUCUAACUUGCAUUUCUUGCUCGUCUGACCUUCGUUCUCUUUUGAUCUUGUCCCGUUCUCGAACGUUUUUUUACUCAGUCUAGAACUCUUUCGUGUCUUCUAGCAGUACACGAAACUGCCUCGUGUUUGGCUUGUACUCUAUGACUCGUGACAGAAAAGAGCAAAACUGCAUCUGCGCGAUUCGUUUGGAGGAGGCUUGAAUCUGAUGUGCAGCGAUAACAUUCUCGAUUAUGCGCGUUCUGUGAAUCCAUCAUGGAAUCGAAGGUCCCCUUCAUCGACAUUCACCUCUAAUUGAACUCAUUGCGCUUCGGUUUGCUAGCCGGCUGACCUGUCCUCAUUAGAAAACAUUGGAGUGAUCAUUUGACCCGUGGAUUUUGCUUCGACCAAAAUUGAUCUAAACAUCCACCCGCGAGACUCAGUUGUAAUUCUUGCACUAUAACACCUUCUUCAAGACUUCUCACUUGAGCUGCAAGUAUGGAAUCAAGAACUGCAGAGAAUGGCGUGAUAAUCCAUGCGCUUCGUCGCUUGGAGUAAAAUGACAUUCCGUUCCGUAGAACUCAAUCACCAGAAUGCCCUCUUUGAUUUCCAAAACAUUCCUCACCUUCCCACACAGCCUCUAGACCUCCCAAUUCUGUACCUAGCUGAUAAGUUCGACGUCCCGGUCGAUCAUUGAAAUCAUGAUCCGGAAGGAAUGAGCACGCAAAUCGGCGAAUCUGCCCUUGUUGCCUCACGACCGUCAAGCAAGACUAAUGUCGAUAUAUUGAGACUAAGAAGGCCCUGACACCCAACACCCGAUCCCGGAACAAGAAGUCCGUCUCGAAGUCCCAGUCCCUAAACGAGUUCGACGGUAUUUUUAACUAGACAAUGUCCAGAAUUGCAUGCACAAGGCAGCCGGCCAUAUCCAAGCUCAGCUCAAGAAACCGCAGGCACCUCUUACGCUGUUACGGCAAUAUCGACAUGGAGGAAGCAAUUUGCAUUGACAGAAGGAGAAGAGUAAUUAAGACUGCAAAUCGGUCAGUGAAUCACCAAUGAGCACUUGGCCAAUGCAUCAAGAAGGUUGAACUGCCGCUUGCAUGUGUACUCACUCGAUGUGGUUUGAAGAAUAAAUCGUCAUGAGAGGCAUCGAUCUAAACAGCUCCCUGAUAAUGUUCUUUUCGUCCUCUAAAAGCCAUGGAAAUUCAAUGUGGACGGAUCCACAGCGACGGCGGCAUGAUGAUCAAUCGGAGUAGCAUUUGUCAUUAAGGUCGUGUGAGUGGACGCAGCGGCCAAGGUUUGUGCCAUAAUCUUCUUUCAAAUGUCAGGACGCCGGAAGAUAAUGUGCGAGUCGUGUGAUCAUGUCUAGCUAUAAUCCUACAUUUUGGCAGCUCCGCAUUGACGAGCUGAAGGAGUAGAAGAAAACCACAACUACUAUCACGACGAAGUUCUGCACUGGACCCUGACUGCUGCAAUUAAGUCUCCCAACUCAAAGUGGGAAUCUGUGGAUUCGAUGAGCUCGUCGCUUGCUUCCGACCUCAUCAAUCAGGGCCGAGGACUUGGCUUGACUCGACGGUCAAGAGCGAGCGCCAAUCUGAGCUAGUUGACCUUUUCUGGGGUGGAGACGGAAGGGCAGGGAGCCAAGCAAGACAUUUCGACCUCGCCAUCACCCUUCGCUCUCCGAUCAGAAGGCAACUAAGCAGCAUACGAGGCUGUCAAUUCGGUGUGUGUUGUAGAGGACUAACUAAGCAGCAUACGAGGCUGUCAAUUCAGUCUGUGAGUUGUAGAGGACUGUAAUAAAGUAUUAUGCCCAC